AAAAGAGUAAGCACACUUCGUAGUGUCGCAAUCCGUUUUCCAUCUAAUUUAGUUUUUAUGAUUGCUUUUUUGUUGCUCUAUGCAACGCGGAAAAUCCCUGAGCGCGGGAGGCCAUUCGUCAGGCAAUUUAUUGGGGGGAGUUAUGGGUGAUGGGCAGGCCAUCGCUAUAUAGCCCACCAGAGCUUCGCCGCCUCGACUUAGUUGUCAUUGGCUAUGACUCAGUUCGGUCGGAUGUGGUGGCUGCCACUGCUGCAGUGGCUAACCAUUGGAAUAGGAAUCGGUGUGCAGGCCUGGAGCUUUGGGCCAGUUCAACCGGAUGCCGGAAAGGAUACCGGACCCCAACCCAGUGAUGUUGGAAGCACAGCAAACCACACCAUACUCACCAGGCAGCUGGUUGUGGGCACUUUACUGCCACCCCAAGUGCCACCGGGCACCUGGCCACCUGUGCCCUCCAUUGUGAAUCCCGGUACCACCAGCUAUUGCCAGUGCGUUCCGCCCGGAUCCUGUGCCAAUCCCGUACCCACCGUUCCCAGCGAUGGCAGUGGUCAGCUGGACAUCAGAAUCGUCAAUAAUGGAGGAUAUCCCUCCAUUCCGACUACAUCUGCCACACUGACCUGCAACUAUGGCUUGGUGGCCUGCUGCCAGGCGGGAAGCUAUCAAUGUGGCCGGAGGUGGCCACCCCCACCUGGUGCCUCCGCCGCAGGAGCUGGUCAGGCGAGCUAUGGAGCGUAUCCGUGGCAGGCGGCACUACUUACCACGGCGGAUGUCUAUCUGGGCGGUGGAGCACUGAUCACCGCUCAACAUGUCCUGACCGCCGCCCACAAGGUCUACAAUCUGGCGCUCACCUCAUUUAAAGUCCGCCUGGGUGAAUGGGAUGCCAGCAGCACCAGUGAACCGAUUCCCGCCCAGGAUGUGUAUGUCUCCAAUGUGUACGUGAAUCCCUCGUUCAAUCCCAACAACCUGCAGAAUGAUGUGGCCAUCCUGAAGUUGUCCACCCCAGUUUCCCUGACCAGCAAAUCCACAGUGGGCACUGUUUGCCUGCCCACCACCAGUUUUGUGGGGCAGCGAUGUUGGGUAGCGGGGUGGGGCAAGAAUGACUUCGGACCCACUGGCGCCUAUCAGGCGAUUCAGCGGCAGGUGGAUGUGCCACUGAUUCCCAAUGCCAACUGCCAGGCGGCGUUGCAGGCUACUCGAUUAGGCGCCUCCUUCGUCCUCAGUCCAACCAGUUUUAUUUGCGCCGGCGGCGAAGCUGGAAAGGAUGCCUGCACUGGAGAUGGGGGCUCUCCGCUGGUCUGCACCAGCAACGGGGUCUGGUACGUGGUGGGUCUGGUGGCCUGGGGCAUCGGCUGCGCCCAGGCUGGGGUUCCAGGGGUCUACGUGAACGUGGGCACAUAUCUGCCCUGGAUCCAGACUACACUAACUUUGUAGAGCCCAGUAUUUGUUACCAAUAAAACGUAUUAUCUGUGUUA